AUAUAAAAACCAAAAUACUGUAUGAUGAAACUUUCUUUACAAAACAAUCACUUUCUCUCUCUCUUGACUCUCUUUUUCAAUCUUCACCAGUCGCCAUUGAUCUUGAAACACCAUUGACACAGUUAUGAAGUUUCUCGUUCAUAAUGUUCUUAGUGGCUCAUCGUUCGAGAUUGAAGUGGAUACCAAGGAUACAUUGUUAGAGGUCAAACAGAAGAUCGAGAAGUCUCAAGGUUUCCCAGUUUCGAGACAAACCCUUAUCGUCGACGGCAUUGUUAUUCUUCGAGAGGAUCUUAACGUCAAACAAUGCGGAAUCGUUCACGAUUCUCUUCUCCAACUCGACGUAUCUUCUGACAAGAACCCUAAUCACAACGGCGACGACAGUCAAAUGCCGCAAACCGAGCCAUCUCCAGCAGCACCGUGGAUUCCAGUUGAAGAGUACUUUGAGAGGCAAGGUUGGCCUUUGACAUCCGAAGAGAUCAAAAAGAUUUACAGUUAUCGGUCUGAGACAUCUCAAGAGAUCAACAAGAAUCAAAUGCUUCAUCAAACUAAGCAAUCUGAACUGUCAAACUCAGUCAACGAGACCGUUAACAUUCAAGAUUCGUAUGUGAGCAAGAACAGCAACAACAACAACAACAAUGGUCAAGUGCCUCCAACGAAGCAAUCUCUACAAUCAAACUCAGUCAAAGAGAUAACUAAGAUUCAAAAUUCGCCUGUGAAGGUGAGGAAGAGGAUGGUAGUAUUUGUGUCGCUCUAUCCUGGUGAGUGUAAACCUGAAAUCGUGGCGAAUGUGAACCCUACGGAUGCCGUGAAAAAACUGAGAGAGGAGAUUGUUCAGAGAAGUAGUGAUAUACAAAAACUGCCUAAAGAUGAUGGGUAUUUCUUUACGCACAAAAAGAGAGUAUUGAACGAAGAUCUGUCAUACGAGUGGAACGGUGUAAAAGACGCGGAUACAAUUCUGAUGGUUCCCAGAGAUGUUGCCCAACAGACCAGUAAGAUUCAAGAUUCACAUGUGACGGUUCAACUGCCACAAACGAAGCAAUCUCCCGCAGCGUAUUUUAACUUCGUCCCGAAGAAGAAGAUUAAAGUAUUUGUGUUGCCAUCUUCUGAUGAGUGUAAAGGUGCGAAGAAUAGAAUUGAGGUGGAUGUGAACUUGACGGAUCACGUGAAGAUACUGAGAAACGUGUUGGCUGAAAGUCAAAGGAGGGGUGACGUAAAUCUGCCUCAACAAGGAUACUACUUUGAGAGAGAGCAGAAAGUGAUGAACGAAGAUGAGUCAUUCGCGUCGAACGGUUUUACUGGUCCAGCCGAUGUAGUUUGGAUGUUUCCACGACGUGUUACCAUGCAAUAG